ACGCCGGGUUUACAGCACAGGGAAGCCCUUUGUUUCCGGUUGGCCCUGGCGCCUGUGGGCGCGCGGGGCAGGCGCGGAGCCCAGGUUUCGUGGGCGCCACGGGACCCGUCUGGACUGAGCGCGCGGAGACGGAAUCGCUGCUCCCCGUGCGCCUGCCCGGUGCGCCUGGGUAGAGCUCCUGCCUCGUGCGCCUGGAUAGAGCUCCUGCCCCGUGCGCCUUGGGUCCAGCUCCACUGGCGUACAAAGGCAGGAGCGGGAGAAAAGAGCUCUUCCAGUCCGUGUUUGUAGGCGCCGGGUGGAGGCCGCCUAGGCCCGGGCACACCGAGACACAAAAGGCAGGAUGAGGGAGCAGCUGCGGGGCGAGCGGCGAAGGGAAAGCGAAAGCCUCGCGCCCGGCUGGUAACAGUGUGAAGGCGCCCGGACCGCCGCCUUCCAGACCCCGGCGGCACCUGGGCCUGCCCUCGUGGGCCUGCCGGGUUGAGCCCCGCGUACCGCAGCCAUGGCCAUCGCCCACCUGGCCACGGAAUACGUGUUCUCGGACUUUUUGUUGAAGGAGCCCUCCGAGCCCAAGUUCAAGGGGCUGCGGUUGGAGCUGGCCGUGGACAAGAUGGUCACGUGCAUCGCCGUGGGACUGCCUCUGCUGCUCAUCUCGCUGGCCUUCGCCCAGGAGAUCUCCAUUGGUACACAGAUCAGCUGCUUCUCCCCCAGCAAUUUCUCCUGGCGUCAGGCUGCCUUUGUGGAUUCUUACUGCUGGGCUGCUGUUCAGCAGGACUCCCUGCAGAGCGACUCUGGGAACCUGCCCCUGUGGCUGCACAAGUUUUUCCCCUACAUCUUGCUGCUGUUCGCCAUCCUCCUGUACCUGCCCCACCUGUUCUGGCGUUUCGCAGCCGCACCUCAUCUCUUCUCAGACUUGAAGUUUAUCAUGGAGGAACUUGACAAGGUUUACAACCGUGCGAUUAAGGCUACAAAGAGUGUCCGGAACCCAGACCUGCCAGACGGAGGCUCCUGCCCCAUUCCGGCAUUUCCCAGUGCUAAUGAGAAUGCAGGACAGAGUUUCUGGGAGGUACCGGAAAGUCACUUCAAGUACCCCAUCGUGGAACAGUACCUGAAGACGAAGAAGAGCUCCGGCAAGCUCAUCGUGCAGUACGUUGGCUGCCGGCUGCUCACACUCACCAUCAUCCUGUUGGCGUGCGGCUACCUAGGCUAUUACUUCAGCCUCUCUUCGCUCUCGGAUGAGUUCAUCUGCAACAUCAAGUCGGGGAUCCUGAGAAACGACAGCAGCGUGCCCGAUCGGUUUCAGUGCAAGCUCAUCGCCGUGGGAGUCUUCCAGCUGCUCAGCUUCAUCAACCUCCUGGUGUACGGGCUGCUGGCGCCCCUCGUGCUCUACACGCUGUGCGUCCCGUACCGGCAAAAGACAGACGUCCUCAAAGUGUACGAGAUUCUGCCCACUUUCGAUGUGCUGCAGUUCAAGUCGGAAGGGUACAACGACCUGAGCCUCUACAAUCUCUUCUUGGAGGAGAACAUAAGUGAGCUCAAAUCCUACAAGUGGCUUAAGGUCCUGGAGAAUAUUAAGAGCAGCAGCGAGGGGAUUGACCCAAUGCUGCUCCUCACCAACCUUGGCAUGAUCAAGAUGGACGUGCUUGAUGGCAAAGCUCGCAAGCCCACAGAGACGGCAGGGGAGGAGCAGGGCAGCCAGACGGCAGCGCUCAAAGUUUUCACAGAUUUGGACGAACACAGUGAAACUAAAGCGAGUAAUGGUGAUAAGAAUGCUCGGCAGAGACUUCUGAAUUCUUCUGGAAUAUGACAUCUGUGACUUUUACAACGGAAUUCACUUUGUGUCAAGCUGUUUGAUUCAUAGUUGGUUUGCAGCCGGUUGUUCCUGGUGGAGAUACUCUGAGUCUCUAAAUGAACAUGGCAGUCAGCAAGAUGCUGUGGAGGAUGGCUUAUGAGCACCCUACAAGAAGCAAUGCCGAGAGAAGGAAACUGCCGAAGUAUGUCUGUGUGAGUCCUAACGGGGCAACGGGAAGGCUGGUACGAGGAGCCCUCUUCACCACUCCAUACACACACUUCUCUGCUCCCGCUGUGACAGGACCGCGAGCUUUGGGAGAUGUGUUGCCUGAUGAGAUAAUAAACCUGUCAGAACACAACUUAUCUCGGUCUCUUCUGUGCCCUUCGUGACUGAGACAAGAAAUAUACGCCCUGGGGACCCGCCCAUCAUCCUGCCUUUGGCCGGUCCUAUACCAGUUGUGUGUGUGGUGCCUUGCUUCUCUGGCACACAGGUGCUUGUAUUGCAUGGCUCAGUACCUUCCUCGAAGCACUGUUGGUUGCACUCUGCCCUGGGGAGAGGUCGGUAUGGGGGUAGCUGCCCAUGUGCUCCUGGCUCCAACCCCAGAAGGAACACUGAAAAAAAGAAAAACAAAAGCUCAGUGGAGGAAAUCUGAAUUUCUUGGCUGUCUACAGGCUGCCUCUCUGUCAAAGACAUUGGAAACAGGAUUUACUUAACUCAGAACCCAGGAAUGCUUAAUGCAAGAGACACUGCCUAUCUGGCUCAAAGUGCAGGAGCGGCACCUGCCACAUGAUGUACUUGGAGACCACUUAGAAGAUUAUUUUGUUUCUAUUUAAGCUCCAUUUUAAAAAUGCAUUUUUAAAUACAAUGUCAGACUUGAGACUAGGUGGAAAGAACUUCCUAGCAAUGAUGGAGCAUUAUAGAAUCCACAUUACUGAUGGGUGGGUCAGACAGCAUUCAGAGUUAAAAAUAUCAAAUUCCAAAUGAGCUUUAAGGAAUCCUUGCCACAUACUGACCGUGUAAACAGCUCUUAUGUUCACAUUUUAUCCCAAAGGAUCUGUAGCAUCUGUGGACCUUCCCAGUUGAUCCUUAGCCAUUAACACGUUGUUUAGGAACCUGGGAGUUUACGUCUGCCCUGGGGGAUGUUGUUUACCUCAUGUAACUACUGUCUUGUGAAGAAUGGAAGGAAGUUAGCUGCUAUUUGCCUUUCAGGAUGUUUGUAAAAGCAGAUUUUGUGCAUCUAAUGAUAAGUAUAUCAAGGAUGCAAUCAGCAUUUUAAGUUAUCUGUUAUCAAUAUUUAAUAUUGUAAAUUAUAGUGCCAUUUAGAAAUGGCAGCAACUUAAGUAACUGACACUGCUACAUUCUCACUGUACCUGAGGUGUUCCUUUCACAACCUAUACUCUGGUUUCUUUUGAAAACUUGAAAAGAUGUUUUCAGAGUAUAUUUUUCCAUCCACAAGUUUGUAAAUGAUAGAAAUGGGUGUUUUAGGAGAUUGGGAAGAGUGCAUGACCUGCCACAUCUGGUCCUCUCAUCAGAGGUAGUGGAAUUGGGUCCUGAGCUGCAGUAGUCUGAUGCCUUUAGCACUGCACGUGGCCCUGGCUGUGCAGGUGUGAACAGGCAGGCCGUUGUUGAGGGCCUCUUAGGCCUUCACAAAGAUAGCAGGGACUUGGGAAGAGCAGCUCUGUUACAGGCCCUGCCAAGAAAGGAGCACUCUUUGUUCUGGGAGGUGCCAUGCUUGGUUUUCAUCUCACCCUAGUUUUUUAGCUCAUGGCUUGGAAAGUUGUUCUGAUUGUUCCCUGAGCCUGGCGAUUCCAAUUCUGUGAGUUAUAGAAUACACAGAGUGCGGUUUAGAACAUAAGGAUGCUUUUGUUCUUUUGCAUCUUCCCUUGCUGGGAAUGGGCAGAACAAGCCUGGGGAUACAGGCAAUUGGGUCUCUGCAAGGCUUGCCUGUGAACGCUGGUGACUCAUUCAGCUACGGAAAGAAGUGUUAGGGAAGCUAACUCACCCAUCCACUCAGAGAGGCUGGCUUGGCAGACUGCUGGUGAGGAGAAAUGCUGUUGUAAAACAUUCAUUGUUUUAUAAAAAGAAGAGAUGAAUGUGUUUAAAUGAUGCUACCUAAGUGAUGAGGGCGUUUAAAAACAGGUUAAUGUCACCAAGGGACAGAAGACCUCCCAAGUAGAGGUGCUUAAGCCUCGUGGGCUUCCAAACCCCCUUGCAAAUAUUUUUAAAGCAGUGGCCUUCUGCUCAGUCACAGAUUGUUAGACGUGGAUCUGAGGUCAAGGAGCAGGAGUUCUAGGGUCUGAAUUGCAGCCCGCAGGCAGAGAAGGCAGCUCACUUUGUCCUUGGGAAAGCCACUUUUUCCCACAAAAAGACUAGGGUUUGUAAUCGUUUCAUUGCAUUCUUCUGAAUGAGCUAUAUCCUUUCAAUAACUGCUACUUACCUUCUAGAGUCAGACUGAACAAGAUCAAGAGUGACUAGGCAGCAAGGACCCAAAAUGACCAGGAGCUGACCGAAACUGCCGUUCUCCUCCCUAUGAAGAAGUAUCUCCUUCCAGAUUCAGGUGUCUUACUUUU